AUGAAACUUGCACCAAUUUUUGCAAUUACUUUGGCGUUUGUCGCUACUGCUCAAGCAGCUCCUGCGAUGCUUUCCAAAAGAUGUUUUGGACAAGAACAUACCCCAAAAGCCGAAGCUACCCUUCAAGAUAUAGAGGAUAUUGCUCAAGGUACCGGAAAGGAAGAACAAGCUGAAAAUUUAUCAGGUGCAAUGUUUAGGGCUCUUUUAGCAAAUGCACCGACUUGCGAUCAACAAGAUAUUGCUAAAACGUAUCGUCAACUUGAACGUAAUAUUCCAAUAGCUGGUCAACGAUCUUUACUCUGUAACAAACAUCCAAGAUACAUAGAAAUUUUUGGAUUGGUUCAAGCUCAAGAUCCUACCGGAAAAAGUAAAGCAAAAGACCCUGAAGACGACAAAUGA